UCAUUUCAAUCUACUUCAGUGUUAGGACGCGGGAGCGCGUGAAGGAGAAGGAGAGAGAGAAUCAGAGAAGCAAUUCCUAAUCUCUCCACUUCGUAGAUCCGCUAGUUGUAACUGUAGAUUCAAUCUCGAAAAUGUCUUCUACAUUCAGCGGCGAUGAAACUGCUCCGUUCUUUGGCUUCCUCGGCGCUGCAGCUGCCCUAGUUUUCUCAUGUAUGGGAGCUGCUUAUGGAACGGCAAAAAGUGGUGUUGGCGUGGCCUCCAUGGGUGUUAUGAGGCCAGAGCUGGUGAUGAAGUCAAUUGUUCCCGUCGUUAUGGCUGGUGUUCUGGGUAUUUAUGGAUUGAUUAUUGCUGUUAUAAUCAGUACUGGAAUUAACCCUAAGGCCAAGUCUUAUUACCUUUUUGAUGGUUAUGCACACCUUUCAUCUGGCCUUGCUUGUGGCCUUGCUGGGCUUUCGGCUGGAAUGGCAAUCGGUAUCGUUGGUGAUGCUGGUGUCAGAGCAAAUGCACAGCAACCAAAGCUCUUCGUUGGGAUGAUUCUUAUCCUUAUCUUUGCUGAAGCCCUUGCCCUCUAUGGACUCAUUGUUGGAAUCAUCCUCUCCUCACGAGCUGGCCAAUCCAGAGCAGACUAAGAGAGGUUUAUUGCCCUUUGUUCUUGUAUGGUCUACUGCAAUUGUUUCGCAACCCAUUCUUCUUAUGGUAGUUAAGCGUAUACUUAAUAGACUCAUUCUGGAUGUAGAUUGUUCCACAACCUUCAUUAGUUAGUUGCUUUUUGCUGGUUGUAGAUUUGGGAAUGAGUUGCUUCCCCUAAAUAAAGCCUUCGGAUCUGUUUUUGUUCGUUCAUCUAUUGCACUUUGCAGAUGUAAAACCUAUACUGGUGAAGAUACUAUCAUUUCCGACUUGGUUUCCAUACGACAGUGGUAUUUGUAUUUAGUGCAAGCUACAUGCUUUUUAAUUUUGAA